AAAUAGUCGUCAACACUUUAAUGUCAAUCAAUCAACUAUACCACAACUUCACAGAAUGCUGUUUAUGUUUCGUUUUUUAAUUUUUGUAUCCUAAUUUUCCUUAAAGACAGCUAACAAACAAAAUAAAUUAAAAAAAACUUUUAAAGAACUGUUUUUUAAAAUAAAUUUAAGAAUGAACAUAGAAAUUGAUAUACAGUGUUGCAGAACCUGCCUUGAGUCAACUACUGAAAAUUACCUUUUAGAUAACACGGAGUUAAUACAAAAAAUAGAAAUAACCACUUCUACAGAAAUAAAUAAAUCAGAUGGAUUACCUUUGUAUUUUUGUUCAACUUGUUAUAAUAAAUUGGAAGUGGCUUAUCAAUUUCGUCAACGAAGUUUAAAAGCAUCCAAGCUUUUAAAAGAUUACAUUAACAAAGUUAAAAACCAAUUUAAUGAAAUAUUUAAGCAUAAAUCUGAGGUACAAGAAGUCGAAAAUUCUUUAAAGGAUACAAAGUUCGAUUUAAGUGACGAUGAACAAGGUUUAUUUGAAUUUGAGUCAAUUGAAACUGUUACGUUACAAAAUAAAAAAAAAGUUCUCACUCUUGAUUUUCCUUUAAUUAACAAAGUUGAAAAUAUUGACAGUGAUGUGGAAUUCAAUUAUGCGAUUGAUAAUGUUAAUCAAGUAUAUGAAACUUUAGAAAAGGAGAAUGACGCGAAAGAUAUUUUAAUAACGCAGAGAUUAAGUGAAAGAGUGAAGGAAAUUGUUCGUGAAACUAGAAGUUCCCUAGAUGUUAAAGUAGCUAAAGUUCAAUUCGGUUCAAAAGAUUUAGUAAAAUGUGAAAAAUGUGAAAAAGUAUUCAAAAAAGAAAAUUUGGUUAGACAUAUGGCUGCACAUACAGGAGAAAGCCGAUUUAAAUGUCACAUAUGUAAUAAAAAUUUUACGCAGAAAACUGGACUAAAUCGACAUAUUUUGAUUCACACUGGUGAAAGGCCAUAUAAAUGCGACAAAUGUGGAAAAAAAUUUUCUCAAUCGAAAUCAUUAAAAUUUCAUAUGGCAGUUCAUGGUAUAAAUAAUUCAUUUAACUGUACAAUUUGUCACUACAAAUUUAUUAAGGCGGAAAAUCUAAAGAUUCAUAUGAGAGAAAAACAUUCUGCUGGAUCUGAGACGACAUCUUUACACGUAUGCGAAUUUUGCAAAAAAUCUUUCAAAUUAAGAUAUUCUUUGAACACCCAUAUCAAGAAAUACCAUAAAGACGAACUUACUAUAGACAUGAAUUUUGACGACGAGGAUAAAGAAACGGAAAGUGAUUGAAUUUUUCCAUCAUCAAUUAAACAAAUGCUUCAGAUAUAAAAUAUAACUUAUUUUUAAGAAUAAUUUUUAAAUAAAUCUAUAAAAUACAUUAAAUUAAUAAUAAUAAUUACAUAUAUUUGAACGGUAAUAUAAUGAACGGGUUAAAUUUUAAAAUUAUUUAUUCAUGUACAUAUGUUUUUACGUAUCUACCUACAUACAUACCUAACUAUAUAUGUACAUACAAUAUGCCUUUUUAAAUUUAACUCAAUUUAUU